GGCUACAGUCGACAUUUUACCAACCCCAACCCCAACCCAAAUCCCAACUCUCUUAUAAAACCCCAUCACUCCCCACCUAUCUCUCUUCGUCUUGCUCCUCAGAUCGUGCAUACAUUACAAGCUUUUGCACUUCUCUCCUUCCUAAACCUCCUGUACAAUGGCCGAGUAUGAAGGAAUUCUUUUGGGAAUGGGAAACCCCCUUCUCGACAUUUCAGCAGUAGUCGAUGAGGAUUUCCUCAAAAAAUAUGAUGUCCAACUAAAUAACGCCAUUCUUGCUGAAGACAAGCAUUUGCCCAUGUACGAUGAAAUGUCAUCCAAAUUCACUGUAGAGUACAUUGCUGGAGGUGCUACUCAGAAUUCAAUCAGAGUUGCCCAGUGGAUGCUUCAAAUCCCUGGUGCAACAAGUUACAUGGGUUGUAUAGGAAAGGACAAGUAUGGUGAGGAGAUGACCAAGAACUCAAAAAGUGCUGGAGUUAAUGUGCACUAUUAUGUGGAUGAGGCUGCACCAACUGGAACAUGUGCUGUUUGUGUUGUUGGUGGUGAGAGGUCACUUAUUGCCAAUCUAUCUGCUGCCAACUGCUACAAGGCAGACCACUUAAAGAAACCAGAGAAUUGGGCUUUGGUUGAGAAGGCCAAGUACAUCUAUAUUGCUGGCUUUUUCCUUACAGUGUCUCCUGAAUCAAUCCAGCUUGUAGCUGAGCAUGCAGCUGCAGCCAACAAGGUUUUCACAAUGAACCUGUCAGCACCAUUCAUCUCAAGAACAUUCUCAAAGGUUCAUGGGUGGGAGACUGAUAAUGUGGAGGAGAUUGCAAUUAAGAUCUCUCAGUGGCCUAAAGCAUCAGGGACAUACAAGAGGAUCACUGUGAUCACUCAGGGAGCUGAUCCAGUUGUGGUUGCUCAAGAUGGAAAAGUUUCAAAGUAUCCAGUCAUCUUCUUGCCAAAGGAAAAGCUUGUUGACACCAAUGGAGCAGGUGAUGCGUUUGUUGGAGGAUUUUUGUCUCAAUUGGUUAAAGAAAAGCUGAUUGAGGAAUGUGUGAGAGCUGGAUGUUAUGCCUCAAAUGUGAUCAUUCAAAGAUCAGGGUGCACCUACCCAGAGAAGCCUGACUUUAGCUAGAUUUCUUCAUGAAUGUGGUGGACCCAAUUUUCUUUUAGGGUUGCUGUUCUAUUAUCUCUCAUUAUUAUUGUUUACCUUGCAUUAUUAUUAUUAAACCUCUUAAACCAAAUCAGCUGGUGAAAGUUGAGGUGUCUUUGUUUUGGAGGCCUGAAAUUAUGUGGUGUUUGUUGGUCUCGAAAUAUACGUUUUAUAGUGAUUAAUAAGUUUUGUUGUAACUUUUUUUUUUGGUUAAUGUAAAAGAUUAUUCAAGGAUGAGUUGCUGAUUGUGGUUUAUAUCU